CUGGUUGCGCGCGCAGAAGGCCGGUGUACGGGAGCGGUUCAAGAUGGCAGCGGCCGUAUUCCGAGCUUCGCUGAGGGGCUGGAGAACCGGCGUCCAGCCGGGCUGCGGGCUCCGGCGGCUGGUGAGAGCGCUGAGACUGGAGAGCCAGACCCAGGGGCCUCCGGAUUACCCCAGCUUUGUGGAGUCUGUGGACGAAUACCAGUUUGUGGAGCGCCUGUUACCCCCUAGCAGCAUCCCAGAGCCCCCAGAGCAUGAACGUUACCCCACUCCUAGUGGCUGGCAGCCACCCAGAGACCCCCCGCCCGACCUGCCCUACUUUGUGCGGCGCUCCCGUAUGCACAACAUCCCUGUCUACACGGACAUCACACACGGCAACCGCCAGAUGACUGUGAUCCGAAAGGUGGAGGGGGACAUUUGGGCUCUGCAGAAGGAUGUGGAAGAUUUCCUGAGUCCACUGCUGGGGAAGACCCCUGUCACCCAGGUCAAUGAGGUGACAGGUACCCUGCGGGUCAAGGGCUACUUUGACCAGCAGCUCAAAGCCUGGCUCCUGGAAAAGGGCUUCUGAGGCCCCCCCUGCGCAGCCUGAUGGCAGCCCCCGCAACUAGAGUCCGGGGUGGGGAUGGGGGGUCUCGGGAGGGAGACAGCUGUAGGAGCAACGAGGACAGCAGGGGUAGGGUAGGGCGAGGCGCGUAGGCAGGUUAACGGGAGGGCUCAGGGCUUCAGAGCAGGCCUUGCUCACAUCAAGGGGGGACGAGACCCUGUAAAAUUGGGGGAGGGCUGUCUGUCACUGGCCUCUGCCUUCAUUGGAGCUCACUGGGCGCAGCUCUUCAAAUUCUGGAGGUUGCUGACUGGCCCUCUGGCGGAAUAGCCCCACCCAGUUUAGGGGAGGGGAACACCAGGCUGAGCGCGUCCCCCCUUGGCCCCCAGGCCCGGCCCGGCUUGGUGGAGGCUGUGGAGAACACGGUAACUCCGGCAUGGGGCCUGGAGGGCUUCAGUUCCAAGUGCAGUACUGGGUGGAGGCACAGAGCCCCCGCGUCAGCCCCUGGCCUCAUUCUUUAGCCCCGAGAAGUGGAAGGCCCAGUCGCCUUUGCUCUGUUCUAGGCCAGAGUCGGGCCUGACUGGGUUUCUAGCUCCAGAAAGCUAAGGCGUUAGCUUUAGCCAGUCUGUCCGCGAGGGGGUGCUUGGGAGACCCCAGCGGCCCGGCGCAGAGCGAGCCCGCCUUCCCGGCCCCCCGAGCUGGUGUCGGGCAGCCAGGGGGACCUCGGGAAGGAAGAUGCUGGCCUUCUGCCCCUGCUGUCCCAUCCUGCUCCGGGCCCGGGCAUCGUCACGCUUGCCUCGUCCCUGGAGUUAUAAAAGCUUAGCCUCUCGGGGGCUCGGUUUCUUCAUCUGGAAAAUGGGGUAUCGUCCUAAUGGUUUAAUGGCUUGUCUAAAUAAGCCGCCCCCCCCCCCCCCCCCCCCCCCCCAGGGACGCUCAAGUCCUAGCCUGAGCGAGUCGACGACUCCGGCACACCGUCCCGGGAUACCAGCUCCACCGUGGUCAAUGCAAGUCUUUAUUUGGCGGUAUAUACAGUUUAAGCUAUUAAAAUUUGUACAAUAUUUACAAAUUAAAUAAUCAUCUGAAA